UACAAUAUGCCCUGUUUUGUGCAAUCCAUUUCCUGAGUCACAAGGCUGAUGAAACCCAGCAAUGCAGCAGCAGUAUAUAUUGUGUUGAAGUUAACAAACAUGCAUGAAUGAGUGCAAUGCAGCAAGUCUCAAACUCAAAUUGCAAGAUAUGUCUUGCUUCCUGUAAAGGUCAAUCUUUAGAAUAUUCUUCAACAGCGCUAUAUCUCUCCCUAACCCACAACAUGUCUUCUAAUCCAUCAAAAAGUUUCUUCAUCUAUUAUCUUUUACCAAGUUCAUCCCAAAUUUGAGGCUCACUGCUCGCAUCUCGUCGACUUUUAUAGUGUGUAAGGGUAAGAAAUGGCUCCACAUUUGCUUCACGGGACGUUACAUGUAACUAUAUACGAAGCCGACGAAUUACAGGGUGGAUUCAAUUUUGGUUUAUGCAGCACGCGCUUUGUUUUGGUGUUUUCUCGUUAUGGUCCUCGGCUUUCAAGGCUGGUUGCCAUCCACAAAACAGGAGCAAAAAAUUCUUAUCACAAGUCAAGAGAUUUGUGCUCUGCCGCCCUGAGGUGGUCGGCUCCUCGCGGCUGUAUGCAACCAUCGACCUAGAAAGGGCCCGAGUCGGCAGAACACGAGUUAUCCAAAACGAGCCAUCCAAUCCCCGUUGGUACGAAGAAUUUCACAUAUACUGUGCUCACACCGUCUCCAGCAUCGUCUUCACCGUGAAAGACGACAACCCGAUCGGAGCCACCUUGAUCGGGCGGGCCUACCUGCCGGUGGAACAAAUCUUGGGUGGCCACAUGGUGGACAGGUGGAUGGACAUCCUAGACGAGGACCGCAAUCCCAUCCACGAAAGCUCCAAGAUCCACGUCAAACUGCUGUACGUCAGGGUCACUCAAGAAACCAACUGGUCGGGAGGCCUCAAGGCCCCAUCCUUUGCCGGCGUGCCUUACACCUUCUUCAGGCAGAGGCCCGGCGGUCGGGCCACCCUCUACCCGGACGCGCACGUGCCGGACGACAGCAUCACGAAAUAUCUUGAGUCGGAGGGGUAUUACAAGCCGGGUAGAUGCUGGGAGGAUAUAUUCGACGCCAUCACCAAUGCCAAGCACUUGAUAUACAUAACCGGCUGGUCUGUGUACACGAGGAUCACCCUGGUGCGGGACCCGCAGAGGAGGAGCCUCGAUGUGACUCUCGGCGACUUACUGAUAAAGAAGGCGAACGAAGGGGUGAACGUGUUGAUGCUCGUGUGGGACGACCGCACGUCCGUUCCGGAUUUCAAGAAAGACGGCCUAAUGGCGACCCAUGAUCAGGAGACAAAGGCGUUUUUCGACGGCACGAGGGUGCGGUGCGUGCUGUGCCCUCGUAAUCCGGAUGGUGGGGCCAGCAUCUUGCAGGGAUUCGAGGUUUCGACCAUGUUCACUCAUCAUCAGAAGACGAUCGUGGUCGACAGCCAACGGGCCUCCUCGGGAGGGACGAAGAGGCGCAUCGUCAGUUUCUUGGGUGGGAUCGACCUUUGCGACGGGCGUUACGACACGAGGGAUCACUCCCUUUUCCGGACGUUGGAUACGGUCCACCGGGACGAUUUCCAUCAGCCAAACUUCCCGGGCUCGUCCGUUGCUAAGGGCGGGCCGAGGGAGCCGUGGCACGACAUCCACUGCAGGGUCGAGGGGCCCGCUGCCUGGGACGUGCUCUACAAUUUCGAGCAAAGGUGGGUCAAGCAGGUGGGCAACAAGUUCAUAUUCUCAAUGAACGAGCUCGACAGGUUUAUUGUCCGCCCGGAAGAAGCUAUCUCCCCAGACGACCCUGAGAGGUGGUGCGUCCAGAUAUUCCGAUCGAUCGACGGUGGGGCUGCCGCCGGAUUCCCAGAGAAACCUGAGGAGGCAUCGGCGUUGGGGCUCGUGAGCGGGAAGGACAACGUGAUUGACCGGAGCAUACAGGAUGCAUACAUCCAUGCGAUUCGCCGGGCGAGGAACUUCAUAUAUAUUGAGAAUCAGUAUUUCAUAGGGAGCUCCUUCGACUGGAGGAGAAAGGCUGGUGACAGCAUCACGAUCGAGGACAUAAACGCACUGCACCUGGUGCCCAAGGAGCUGUCGCUCAAGAUUGCUAGUAAGAUACGUGCAGGGGAGAGGUUCACGGUGUACGUUGUGAUCCCGAUGUGGCCGGAGGGGAUACCGGAGAGCGGCUCGGUUCAGGCGAUCCUCGAGUGGCAGAGGAGGACGAUGGAGAUGAUGUAUGCCGAUAUUGCAAAGGCGUUGGGUGAGAAGGGGCUUCAGGGAGUGGAUCUCAGGGAGUAUCUCACCUUUUUCUGCCUUGGCAAUAGGGAGGUUAAGAAGACAGGAGAGUAUGAGCCGCCGGCUAGGCCUGAUCUGGAUACGGACUACCAUCGAGCUCAACAGUCAAGACGAUUUAUGAUAUAUGUUCAUUCCAAAAUGAUGAUCGUGGAUGACGAAUACAUAAUCAUCGGGUCAGCCAACAUCAAUCAAAGAUCGAUGGACGGUGCAAGGGACUCGGAGAUUGCAAUGGGUGGGUUCCAGCCAGGCCACCUGGCCAGCAACAAUGCAGCCAGGGGUCAAAUAUUCGGCCUCCGAAUGGCCCUAUGGAGCGAGCACCUUUUACGCGAGGAUGACACGUUUCUUGAUCCAGGGAGCCUUGAGUGCGUGCGGACUGUGAAUGCAAUUGCCGACGAGAAUUGGAACUUGUACUCGAGCGACACGUUUGAGGAGGAUCUUCCGGGCCAUCUUCUUAGCUAUCCCCUUCAUGUGUCGAGCAAUGGCGAGAUUGGGGUGCUCCCGGGGUUCGAGUUUUUCCCGGAUACGAAAGCACGAGUGCUGGGGACUAAAUCGGGGUAUCUUCCUCCCAUACUCACUACUUGAUGAGGGACUGGUGUGAUGAUGGUUGUUGGUUUGCUUCAAUCAUGGUGCAUUAAAAUUUCUAUUAACUUGUAAUUUAUGUCAUCUCUCCUUAUCGUCUUAUUAUUGUUUACUAGUACGUAGCCCGUGCGAUGC